GAGCAGCAAAGAGAGUCCAAGUUUUGCUACACGGAAAGAGCAUUUGUCAUGCGGUAUAGGCAUCAGGAAGCCCUCACAAAAUCUGUGAUGCUAGGGCAUGCAUCACAGACAUGUGCCGCUCCGUCAGGUGCUGCACUCAAUUUUUACGGUGGCAUCAAUGCAGACGUGCACUCUGUGCACCUGAAAGGCCGGCCUUGGUGGGGCACCGCACUGGACCCGGACCAACUGAGUCUUUGCUACUCGACUUUCAUGGACGUGCACGAUAAGCGGCUGCAAUCGAUGCAGAAGCAGUUGCAAGAGCACGACGAAGGGGGCAUGAGCUUGGUGUAUUUGGAUGGGGCAGGUUUCUUGUCGGAGGGGAAGGAAAUAAAGGUCACCGGGACUGUUGAGCAAAAGAGACUGCGCGACGCCGUCUUUGGGUCCCAGGAAGAUACUUUUGAAAAUCAUCCUGGUUCGCUGCUGAACCUGUUUCGGAAGCAGGGCAUGCGAGCGCUUUCCAUCCUGCGAGGAAUUGAAUCGUCCCAGGAAGGAGUCGUGCCUUUGGCUCCUCGUCACCACGGUCGCGGGAGCACGUUUCGCGAAGCUUUAGUGAGUCGGGCGAUGAAUCGGGCCUGGGAUACUUCAAUUUUGGGCCCCGUGAGUACGAAUGAGACACAGCAGCUCGCUGGCACGGUGAGGAAAUUUUUCGAGGACCAUGAUUUGAGCAGCGUUCUCGACGGAUCAAAUGAACAAGAAGAUCGCUUCCGCCAGCGUCUGUUGACUGCAUUGAAUUAUCAGGCGGCUCGGCGCGAGCGCGUCGCGGCCCUAGCAACGACCCGUUCUUCCUUUCGGAAGACCGGAACACAUUGGCCCGGCAGCGCCUCAGCAGUUGAGAAAGGUGAGCUGCCUUCUCGGAGAACCUGGUACGAUAAUGGUCGACUCUGGGAGAUUGAGGAGUUGUUGCCGCACGACAAUGCCCAGCGAAAAAAUGAGAACUCUGCUGAGAUUGCUGAAAUUCACUCGGCAUGGAGGGCGGACAAUCAGCGUGCCGCCGAUGGCGCACUCCAUCCUAGCAGUAGGGAACUCAUCCACGCCUGGUGCAGUAGUAUCGCGAAUCAGCUUGCGCAGUCUCGGCUACGCACCGUAGCGUGGAACUGGGAGAGCAUUGCGCUCUGGUACUACUAUCACCUCGUGGGUGGAUUCAAGAUGCUUGAUGGAGAGCACGGCUGAACUUCAAGUGCUUCUCGACGAUCUCCACGAUACCGAGAAACAAGCAAUUGCUGGUCAGGUGCCUAUCUAUCAUACGACUACGAGUAAGGAGCUGGAUGCUUCGCGUAAACAGGUGCACUUUUAUGCUCGUAUUUGCUGUGUCAAGUUCACAACUUGCUCAUAUUGAGCUCGCAGCUGCUUCGGUAUUUCAUCAACAACAGCGUGGCGAAUGAUUGUACCUAGUACGUAGUUUUUUUAGUAAGUAUGUUGUAAUGCAAAAACUUAUAUUUAUCAUUAUCUUCCAGUUCCACUCGAUAUUAAAAGAGCCUUGCCCCCUUGGCAUAGAGUCUCUGUCGGAAGAAAGAAACUCCUAGAGAACACACGAGCACUGCCCUGCUUCCAAGAAAACGGGAAAGGAAGCUGUGGGUUGUAGUAUUUACACAGCUGAAAAGCACGACCCUAGACGUUGCAGUUAUUGUAGUGCAAAAAUUUAUAUUUUCAUAUAUCUUCCAUUCGACAUUAAACCCUUGGCGUAGGGUUCACAAAUUCUGCGUCGAAAGAAAGAAACUCGUACAGAACGCACAACCACUGCCCUGCUUCCAAGAAAACGGGAAAAGAGCCUGUGGGUUGUAGUUACACAGCUGACUAGUACGACCCUAGACGUUUGAACUAACAAAUAAAAAUAGCGGACACUGUACCUGUUAACGGCAACCUCAUAGACGAUAUCUUUGAUGUUGACACCCGUCACUGAGAAACCGUGCUAGAAGAACGCUCCCUACAAGAGGAGCACUGGAAUAGCAGGCGGCUGUAGGUACGUCUACAAAGAAAUACCAAUGGGAUCUUGAUGCUUACACCUUGAGUGUUUUGUUGUUCGAAGCAACAACGGUGAGCAAAACCUAAACCUUGAAUCGCGAAUAAAACCGAGUUGUCAAAUUAAACUGACAUCUCCAGCGUCGCUGUUCUCGCUCGAUUUCCGCCGCAAAGAUGAAGACUUGUGAUCACGCUG